AUGCAGCCAAAUGGAACUUCACAGCCUAGUCGAUCAAAUGGCUCUUCACACUCUAGUUGGUCACAUCCCUCCUUACAUGCUCCGUCACAUGUUCCACAUCCUCAACCUCAAGAAUCAGAGGUUAACCCUCGGUUUGAAGAUGAUUUAGAUGAGGACUGGUUAAGGGAAGAAGAAAUGCAACGUACAGAUGAAUUGACCAAGCGAAACGCGCGGGGAAUUACACGUAUGGUCGAAGUGUGGAAUCUGACUCCAGAAGAACGCAUUGUGCUUACCUUCAACAAGGAUUUGCAGGCUGUUUCUAUAGAGGGUGGUAUAUUCAGUCGCUUCAUAGGCACCAUUGCUAGGAAGCCACACUUAUGCCCAAUUAAGUACAAGAAUUGGCAUGACGUGCCAGAUCAGUAUAAAGAAGAUUGUUGGAAUAUCAUCGAGUCCAAGUUUGCCAUUCCUCAAGAUGAGAGAAGGGAUAUGAUUAGGCAUCGAACAUUGAAGUCAAUGGGAGAAAAAUGGAGAAAUUGGAAAUGUAGUUUAAAAGAAAAAUACUAUGAUGAGACAAAGACAGCAGCACAGAUAGUAGCUACUGUGCCUUUAACAGUUAACCGUGAGCACUAUGCUGACCUUGUCGCGUAUUGGUUUUCAAAAGAAGGACAGGAGCUUAGUAUGACCAAUAAAGGAAGCCGGCAAGAGCAAACAAGUGCACAUACAGGAGGAUCUAAAACUUAUGCACAACAUGAAUAUGAUAUGGAAAAACUAGAAGAUUUGAUGAGGCCACAACCAAGUAGCUCCGAAGGAAAUGUUAGUGGACGGAUAUGUUGGUCACCAAAUGAUAUUUAUUCUCAAGUGAUGGGUAAAGAGCGUCAUGGUCGUGUUCGAGGUUUAGGAUUUGGGCCCACUCCUUCCAAGCAUGGCUUCAUGUGCAAUAGUGACUUAAGAAUGGUUUCAGAUGAGGAGAGAACGAGAGACAAAGAGGCCAUAAUUGAGUUGAAGGAACAAGUAAAAACUCAAGGUGAUCAGCUACAAACUCAAGGUAUUCAGUUGCAAGCUCAAGAUGCUGUAAUAAACUCUUUAAAAGAGCAAGUAGCAUUUUUUAUGAGACAAAGACAGUGUUCUAGUGGUUUGCAGGCGACAGAUGGCUCUAGUGGCAUUCCGGACCAGGCUUCUCCACAAACACAUCAGAGAUCCUCUUUUGGGAAUCAUGAAAUGCAACCUUUUAAUCGGGGUCAGUCAUCAUUACAAUACACAUACAUUGACACAAAUUUAGAACCAAUGUUAAUGACUUCUCUACCAAUAAAUUGUUAG